AUGACAAGGUAUGUAAUUGUUAAUAAUAAUUUAUUUAACCCUUCAAUAAAUAAUAAUACGGUUAGACGAGUCUUCCAAACUUUCAAUUUACCUGAGGAUUUUAAUUUUUUUGAAAAAUAUGUAAAGGCUGAGUUUAUUUUUAAAUGGGGGUGUGAUGGAAGUUCUGGUCAAACCGAAUAUCACCAAGCAUUUACCCAGAAUACAAAUUUAACCCUAAAUGAUCCACAUUCAAGUAGUGAUUUAGAUAACGACACUGAUGACUGUGAACAAAAUUAUGAACAAGAUGUAGAAUAUACCGAUGCAAACAUGUUUUUAUUUUCUCUUGUUCCUUUGCGAUUAACUUUUAGUAUGACUGAUGACACAAAUGAUAUUUUAUGGAAAAAUUUAACACCAUCUUCCACGCGUUACUGUAGACCCAUUAAAUUUUUAUAUAAAAAAGAAACAAAAUAUAAUACUUGCAAAGAAGUCGAGGCAAUUGAAAAUGAAAUAAAUGCCUUAGUCCCAAUUGAAAUUGUUAUAAAUAAUAUGUCUGUUCCUGUUCACUGUAAAUUAGUUAUGACAAUGGUAGAUGGAAAAGUUAUAAAUAAUUUAACUGAUACGUAA